AUGUCCCAGAUCCUCCGUAUAGGAGUCAUCCUCGUAGGAAGCGUCCAACUCCUCGACCUGGCGGCCGUAGAUCUCCUCUACAUGGCCACACCAGAAUACCUAAACUCCUCCUCGCUCACACAAGCCCUAAUCGAUAUGGGCCGGCCCUGUCAAAUCCACUACAUAGGCCAAGGCGGCGCAAGCAACAUGACACCAGCAACAGCGCAGAUGUCAAUACAGUUAACGGACGCGCCGACCGACGAGGCUGUCUCCCCGGGGAAACUGGACGUCGUGAUUGUACCCGGUCCAUCGCUGAAAGCCAUGCCGCCGGCGGAGGAAUAUCUUGAUUUUGUGCGAGGGCAUUAUGCGACGGGGGCGUCAAUUUUGGGGAUCUGUACGGGUACUUUUAUUAUUGGGUAUUCGGGCAUUACAAAGGGGAGGUAUGUUACUGCACCGAGGUUAUUGGUUCCUGAGAUGAGGAAAUUGUUUCCUGAGGCGAGUUUGUGGGAUGAUGGGGUUAGGCUUGCUAGGGAUGGGAACUUGUGGACUAGCGGCGGUAUUACGAAUGGGCAUGACCUCGUUGUUGAGUAUCUCCGUGAGAAUUACCCUGCGCCACUCGUCAACGCCAUCAUCGUUCAAGCCGAUAUAACACCCCGACUAGUGCAUUACAGUAGUCCGGCGACGAUCAAUACGGCGGUGGUUACACCAAACUACGACCGACGUCAUCCCGAGGUAUCAGACCCUCAAGUCAACCGAUCAUCAAGUUUCCCCAACUCCACCCCCAAUCUCCAAUUCUUUAAGCAAUGCCCAAAAACCAAAAACCGAAAACCAAACAGCAUGAUAACGCUAUCAAUAAUAAUCUACGUCGCCUCGCCACUAGAUUACGCACGAUAUCGACACGCAGCCCUGUACUUGGAGUACGGUGAACCCGCAGAAAAUGGCGACACGAAUGCAAAUACCGAAGCAAAUGCAAAUGCCGAGACGCACGACACAGAAACUCCCUCACAGCUUACAUCCUCCGUGGUAGAAAUCGUCGGAUCAACCGGUUUUUUCACCUUGGUCGAACGACUCAAUUGGCAACCUCCCCUUUCUUCAACAGAUAUAGCGCGCGUCAUACGCGUAGAUACGUUGAACGAAUCAGGCGCGUGUACAACACCAUCUGCAAGCCCCAAUCGGGAUCUCGAUCACAAUCCUGAUCUCGAUCUAACUCGCCUAGAUCCCAUCAGCAGAAUUAGAGAUUUAAUAUCCAAAACACCUAUCCGAUCAAAUGGUGAUGCGGGGGCUGAUGGGGAAGAGGAUUGGAAUAGUCAGAAUUGGGUGGGUGAUGCGUUGGGGAGACUUGUGCUUGCGGGGUAUUUGAGUGGGCAUGCAAGGGAUUUGGGGAUUGAGAGGAUGAUUGAGGUUAUUAUGGAGGCUGGGGAUGAGGAGGUUUUGGUUUAG